AUGAGGGUCGUUUGGAACCCCAUGGGCGAGGUACCCUACUAUUGGGCUUUUAUCGAAGUGACUGGCGACAAGCACCUUAGCAACCAGAAUCUGGUGGGCCGACUGGUCUAUGUCCGCGAAGAUCGAGAGGCGGAGCCUCGAUUCAGUACGCCGAGCGUCAUGCCCGUUUCGACGGACCAGGCGGAGAUGGAAAAAGCCAUUUCUGGUUACCGGGUUGAGAAUGUGCCGCCACUCUCCUCCCAAUCAAACCUGGAGUUACACGAAUGCACGGAUGCUGUCUUUGUGAAUGACGAGGCACAGAAUAUCUCCAGCUGUGUUCUGAUGAACACCCAUUGUGAAGGCUUCUGGGCUCAACCGUACUUCGGCACAUACGACUUCAUCUAUCUCCAGCGUUGA